AUGCGCCUCCCCCUCGCUUCUUUCCUCCUCCUCCUCCUCCCCCUCACCACCGCCUUCCCCACCACUCUCGUCCGCCGCGUCGAUGGCCCCGACCCCGACCCCGUCCUCCGCCAGAAGCUCUCCACCCAACCUGACGGCUCCCUCUUCUGGCAUGGCCGCACCGCUGCCGGAGAAGGCCUCGAAAAGCCCGCCGACGCCUACGCCACCGCCAACAACCUCGAAACCAUCGGGCAGCUCAAGUCCAAGAACAACGUCAAGGACGGCGCCCCGCCCGGCAAGGACCCGGGCCUCCCCUGGUGGGACAAUGCAUCGAAGCAGUACGCGCUCGAGGCCUCCGGGCGCGUGCAUGUGCUGUCGGGGCAGAUGGGCGACCCCAAGACGGAGAGCCCCGACGUCAUCCAGCAGCGGCUAGAGAACACGAUAUACCACAAGACGGAGCUGCCAACGCUGACGGACCCGAACAAGCAGAAGAAGGUGACCGAGAUCAUCAAGGUGAACCCGGACACGCAGGCGAAGGCGAGGGUCUGGAAGGAGGGUGAUCCGCCACAGGGCGCGGGAGGGAGCACUGUCCCGAGGCCGGAGAGUCCGUUGUCCCCCGGUGGGACCAGCCAGAGGGGGAGGACGCAGAACAAGAGCCCGCCGCCGUCACCGGGAGGUGGUAGCAAUCCGAGGGGCACAAGCAGGAGCAGAAGCCCCUCGCCAUCGUCGGGCAGAGGCACAGGUGCAGGCGGGAAUGCAGCUGCUGGAUCGGGUGCCGGGUCCGGGUCCGGAGCUGCAGCCUCGGGCAAGAAGACACCGCCAAGCUCUGGGUCCGGCUCGGGAUCCAGAGGUGCCGCUGCUGGAUCGGGAACCAAGACGCCGCCCCAAGGCGGAAAUACGGCUUCAAGGGGAGCUGCUGGCGGAAAGAGCGCGGCCAAGAACCCCACCGGCCGCAAGGUGAAACCCAGCACGGGAAGAAGCCCGUUGAAGGCAGCCCCGAAGAAGACCACCAGCACACGGAAGGGGGCGGGCACUAAGGCCUCACCGAGGAAGACGCAGGCAAAGGCUGCAAAGAAGGUCAACAAGAGCAUAAAUAAGAAUGCAUCCGCAAAGGUGAAGACACCGGCAUCAGCGCCCAGCCGGAAGAAGGCCGGCAGCAAGACAACAGCAAAAACAGCUGGAAAAGCCUCUGCGACAAAGAAGAAGACCGGCAGCGUCAAGAAACCAACUGUGAAGAGGCCUUCUGCCGCAGCAAAGAAGGGCGUUGCGUUCAAAAAGCAAUCCCAGGCUGCGAAGAAGACCACGGCUACUAAGAGACCUGGAGCGGUCAAAAAGGCUGCUUCUGCUACGAAAAAGGCGUCCAGCAAGAAGCCGACUACCAAAGCAGCAAAGAAGACUGCAGUCAAAAAGCCAACUACAGCUAGAAAGACUCCCUCCAAGGGGCCCACAUCUAGCGCAAAGAAGACCACCGCAGCAAAGACGACUGCGGCAAAGAAGACUACGGCGGCGAAGAAGACGACUGCGGCAAGGAAGACCACUGCAGGAAAAAAGACAACUGCAGCAAAGACGACUGCUGCGAAGAAGACCACCGCAGCGAAGAAUACUACGGCGGGGAAGAAGACGACUGCAGCAAAGAAGACGACCGCAGCAAAGACGACUGCAGCGAAGAAGACCACCGCAGCGAAGAAGACUACGGCGGCAAAGACAACUGCGGCGAAGAAGACAACUGCAGCGAAGAAUACCACUGCGGCGAAGAAAACGACUGCAGCAAAGAAGACGACCGCAGCAAAGACGACUGCUGCGAAGAAGACCACCGCAGCGAAGAAGACCACCGCAGCGAAGAAGACUACCGCAGCGAAAAAGACCACCACAGCGAAGAAGACUACGGCGGCAAAGACAACUGCAGCGAAAAAUACCACUGCAGCGAAGAAUACCACUGCGGCGAAGAAGGUUACUACUGCAAAAGGGCCAGUCUCAGGUGCUAAGAAGACCACUGCAGCCAAGAAAACCCCCACAAGGGCACCCAACACCGCCGGAAAGAAGUCUACUACCACAGCUGCCAAAACACCCGCGGCGAAAAAGUCUACCGCAACUACAAAGAAACCAGCCGUGACAGCUACGAAGAAGGCAGCUGUAGUUCAAAAACCACUUAAGGCCGUGAAGACAGCUCCCGUAAUCCAAAAAACGAAGAAGGCCGGCAAGGCUUAG